CGCAUGCGCCCACGCUGAGCUGACCAACUAACCGAAUAAAGGCUGUAACCAUAAUAGGACAUGGACGCCGACAAGUCUCACGGGAUGCGGUGAUGAUGCACAAGAGUCACGGAUUUCUGCACGUAACAGCGGAGGGGCGUGGCAACGUCACGGCUUCCCAGCAACCCAGUUUUCUAAUUGGUUGAUGGAGAAGACGAAAAGAAAUAAUAAAAACAACUACGUGCGGUUCUCCUCGCAGCUCACGUAGGAGCCGAAAUACAAGAGAAAAGGAGGGUGGUACUGCUACGAAAACCGACUGCUGCAGCGCACACAGUUUUUUUUGUCCGGCCCGGUAGUCACGACAGCUUUCAGCACCGGCGGGCGGGUCCUGCAAAGCCUUUAAAUACCACCUGAAGAUCUCCUCUCUGCAUCCUUCAGUUGGAGUAAAAUUAUCCCGGUGAUCGUCCAGCUAUAUUUCAGAAGAUGGAAGGGCAGGAAAAGCAAGUAACAGGUUAUCUCCUCUUCUCCUUGGCCACCGCUGUCAUCGGCUCUCUGCAGUUUGGUUACAACACAGGAGUCAUCAAUGCUCCAGAGCAGAAACUACGAUCUUUCUUCAAUGAUACCUGGGUUGAGCGUUAUGGCGAACCCAUCAGCCCGGGGGUCUGUACCAUCGUCUGGAGUGUCGCCGUCGCCAUCUUUAGCGUGGGCGGCAUGGUGGGCUCCUUCAGCGUGGGCGUAAUGGCUAACAGAUUUGGCAGGCGUCGCUCUAUGUUCCUUGUAAACAUUCUGGCUGUGAUUGGCGGCCUCCUCAUGGGCUUCUCCACCAUCUGCUCCUCCUAUGAGAUGGUGAUCGCCGGUCGCCUGGUCAUUGGCCUGUUCUGCGGUCUCUUUACCGGCCUGACUCCCAUGUAUGUGGGCGAGGUGUCACCCACUCCCCUCCGAGGAGCCUUCGGCACUCUUCAUCAGCUCGGUGUGGUGGUGGGCAUCUUGAUCGCUCAGAUCUUUGGUCUGGAGGGUCUGCUGGGCUCAGCAAAGCUGUGGCCCCUGCUGCUGGCCCUCACUGUGGUUCCUGCUGUGCUGCAGUGCAUACUGCUGCCCUUCUGUCCCGAGAGCCCUCGCUUCCUGCUCAUCAACCUUAAACAAGAGGAGCAGGCACGCAAAGCACUGGUGCGUCUGCGUGGCAGUGAGGAUGUGAGUAAAGACCUGCAGGAGAUGAAGGAGGAGAGCGCUAAGAUGGCCAUGGAGAAGAAGGUGACAAUCCCUGAGCUAUUCCGCUCGGCAGCGUAUCGUCAGCCCCUCCUCAUUGCCGUCAUGCUGCAACUCUCCCAGCAGCUUUCAGGAAUCAAUGCUGUGUUCUACUACUCGACUGGGAUCUUUGAGUCAGCCGGUGUAAAAAAGCCCAUUUACGCCACCAUCGGCGCCGGCAUUGUCAACACCAUCUUCACAAUCGUUUCUCUCUUCCUGGUGGAGAGGGCAGGACGAAGGACUCUGCACCUCUUGGGAUUGGGCGGAAUGGCGUUCAGCGCUCUGAUCAUGACCAUCUCCCUCCUGCUGAAGGACAUUCCAGCUAUGAGCUACAUAGCCAUCUUUGCUAUCAUGCUAUUUGUGGCUAUGUUUGAGAUGGGCCCCGGUCCAAUCCCAUGGUUCAUUGUGGCCGAGCUGUUCUCCCAGGGGCCCCGCCCGGCAGCCAUGGCUGUGGCUGGCUGCUGCAAUUGGACGGCCAACUUCCUGGUUGGAAUGAGCUUUCCCAAACUAGUGGAGUGGUGUGGACCUUGGGUCUUCCUCAUCUUCACAGCCUUCCUCAUCCUCUUUUUCAUCUUCACCUACAUUAAAGUCCCAGAGACGAAGGGAAAGACCUUUGACGAGAUCGCCUGCAGUUUCGGCAACGCCCCGCCUCCCACCUCCUCAUCUGUUGAGACCCCUCCUGCCAGCGCCAGCACCGCCGUGACGCUUCCCGCCUCACCAGUCAAGGAGAAGGUCCCACUGGUAGAGGCGGCAGCAGCAGUUCCACCUUCCGCAUCUGAAAGCACGCCCCUUGAAGAUAAAUCUAACUUGACAGUGCAGGACAGUGUGUAGAGCAGCUGUAGAUAUGUAGGUAGUAAUGGGUGAAGGGUAAAUUGUAGUUAAUUAUUACACAACAAUGGAACAAUAGAAGCUAUGUCAUUUUAUAAUACACUUACUGUACAAUAGCCUUAUCAAUUUAAAGGCUUUUACCUUUAAAAAGUCAUACUUUCUGCUUUUAAGGUUACUCCUUAGACAUUUUAUUUUUCUGUGACAUUUCUUGCAAUUCUUUCUUUUAAAACCUCCCUUAACUGUGAAAGGGAAGCAAUUGCUAUACAAUACUAUGGUUUAAAUCUACUGUACAUUCCUAGGAGAUCAGGUCCAUGUAGUGUGAAGUAGGUGACGUGGAUUGCAAAGAUGCAUUUUUUGAUUUAUUCACGUAUUCCUUAUAGUGGAUAUUUUUCGUGCAAUAUAACUUUGUAGCUGUAGUAGUUUCGUCUAGUAAUAUUAAUUUCUCAAUUUUUUUGGAAAUGUUCUCAAAUCACGCUGAGGUCUGAGAAGGGAUCCUUUUUGAGCUCUGCCUUCAGCUGUUGAAUAUGAGCUGAAAAACUGGAGAGCUUUUUUGCAAUGCCAAAGUACUGAACUUUAAUUACCACUGGGUGAACAUGUGACCUCAAAUGUGUUUCUUGUGGUAGUUAAAUGGGGAAAUUAGCAGCAGCCACAGGUCAUGCAAAGUUUAUUAAAUCUGAAAGCCAAUUUGGUGGUUAAAGCAAUAAUCCCAAGUUUAUUCAACUUUCAUUAGCGCCACCUUUGUCUUGUCCUGCUUGUUCCAAACAGACAAAAUUUCCUGUUUACGUGAUAAUUUUGUUGUUUUAUUCAGAUUAAUUUAUUGGCACAUAUAUAGAGGUAAUAAUAUAUUAAUUAAAACUUGUGGAUUAUUGCUUUAGUGGGGUGUCUUUUAUAUUGGAAAAUGGUAAAAUCUUGACUGUGGCUUAUGGUAUUUAGGACUUGCUAAUGGCUGUGGCCUGUGGACAAAAACAUGUUGAAUUGGUUACCACAUGGAAUGUGCAAUGUAUAUUUUUUUUGGUUGAAAGAGAAAAUUAUUCCCAUAGAAAUAGAUUUUUGUAUAACAUAUAGAUAAUAUAGAUAUGUAAGUAUAUAGCUAGAUUAUAAAAUUUAGAAUCGUAAUGCUUUCCAGACUAGCCAGAGAAAUGAAAAGUUAAAUGAGUCUGCAGUGAGCUUUUCCUCCUGUCGUGGAGUAAAUCUACAAUUGACUGAGAGUUAAACACCAUAAAUCUCAUUUGUUGCUCUCUAUUUAGAUGCACUUUGUUAACCAGAUAAGCAGCAAAGUGAGCAUUAGCACCACAAUCACUGAUAUAGAAGCCAUUAAGCUGAGAAGUGCUUUACAUCAAAUUAACAGAAUGAUAAUUAAAAACUAUUUUUACAUGAGUGAUUGCGCAUGUCUGAUCAAGUUGUUAUUAGAAUAGAUAAGAGUUCUAGAAAAUGUGCAAUCAAAAAAGAAACUUGAACCAAUAAUAUAUAGGCGCUGAUAAUGAAUAGAGGCAACUAAAGGGGGAAGUGCUAAUAUUGUAUGAACAACGGGUAAACAACGUUUUAGUGGAAGACAAAGUGUCCUGAAUGGUUCCUGUUAUUUGAUUAGAAUAACCAAUUUUUUUAUCAUUUCAUAUUUUCCCAAAGGGGGAGAAAUAACUUCUUUGACUACUCACUUGUGUUGACUUCUAUAAUGAUUUGAGAAAAUAAUUUGGGAAUUAGUUUUAGUCCGGUUAAGCCAGUUUUUCUUUAAAAUGGAAAUAACAUUUUGGAGUGAAAGCUUCACAUGUGCUAACACGUUCCAUAUGUGCUAACAUGACAUCUUCUUGUGAUCCAACAUGAAGAACGUUUUAAAGCUAAAAAUCCUUUAUGACAUUUAAAGCCCAAAUGCACUGAACGCAACUUUUGAGUCCCAAAUAAUCAGCUGAACUCUGCUCAAAUGAUAAUUGCACUUUUCAAUCUUGCCAAGAGCAGUAGUAGAAACUAUAUCUUCCAACAUGGAAAUACCUAUUUAUACCUACCUAUACAUACAAAAACAUACUCGUUUGUCAAAAUCAAAAUCAGCCCAGUGUGUUUCUGGCUUUAUUUGUCGGGUCCAAACUCUGUCUACAUUGUGACACUUUGUCUAAAAGGUUAGCUAUGUUGUCAGCCUUUACAGAUGUUGUACAGUAUGUUUGGUGUACAAGUACAUUACACAAAGUAUAUUUUCUAUUUUCUGUAGUGACUGUGUGAAUUACUGUCUUUGAAAAAGCUUUGAAAAUUACUUUUUCAACUACAGUAAUUCAUGCUGCACUUUGAGAACAUAUUUAUUUAUUUAUGUAUUAUUUAUUUCUUGGCUACACUGGAAAGAUAUUUAUCUUAACAAGUGAUUUACACUGAAGUGUAACAUUUGAUUCGAGUGGUAUCUGCCUUGUUUUAAAAUACUGACUGAUAAGCUGAUUUGAAAACAUGAAAAUGUGUCACUCUGCUGACAUUUUUUACUUGUCUUACUAAGCCUGGAAGGGUCAGAGUUUGUUAAGAUGAACAUUUCUUACAGUGAGGGGAUAGAUUAUUGUCGGAGUCAUGGCUUUGCUAUGUAUUGCUGUAUUUGUGGAUGAUAGUGACGUACUGUGUUUGCCCUGGGGGAGGUGUGUGGUAGGCUACACUCCCCGCAUGGUAGUAUUCAGUGUUGUAUUCAACGUCUCCUUUAGGGUCCUGCUUCUGUCCGUGGCUAAACCUACACUACUUCUUCAAUAUGGCACUAACAUUGACCUUGACCAGACCUGAGUCUAAUAUGAAUUCUGAGUACUUUCUAUAACUCAGCUUGCCUAGUCCGGUUGGCGCUUUGUGAGAUCACAAUUUGAAAUACCUCUGAGAUUUGUGCUUGUCGCUAUCCUUUUUGUCAUCCUGAGCUUUUCUCUGAGAGGAGAAAUUAAGAAACCAAUUGAAAAUUAUGUUUUAAUUUGGAGUUUUGAGCCGAUUCGUCACUUGUGACAAGCAGGGAUUUGUUUUUAGUCUGCCACAUCCAAGACCAAGUUAAGAUGUUCAGUUAAGGUGCAGUUCUGUGGCUGAUGCCAGCGUGCAAUCACACCUACAACUUGUUUUCUCUGUUCAAAUCCUUGUGGAAAAGCUAAUAUAAUUUUUUUGUGGGUAAAAAUGACCAUUUACAAGUGAACAUUAGAGACAAUAGAGAUUUAGUCAUCCUAAAUUGGAUAUAUCUGCAGUUUGGGCAACUCAAGACAACCCCCCCCCAUGUACUUUGAUGUUUCUCACAAAAAAUUAAAUGUUCCAAGCUAUGUUCAAGCUAACUUGUUUGGUGUGACUGCACUCUAACAGACAGCUGAAUUCAGUGUCACAAAAGUAUGUGAAAGGAUUUGAAACAAAUAUGUGGACCCAGGUGCACUGCACACUGCUCCGAACCAUAGCCUUCUACUUUAUGCACAUUUAUGACUUCGUUCACUGUACAAACAUGGAAGAGUAAAAGUAUUUAUUUGUAAAUAUGUAUUUUUAAAAAGAGUACUAUUUAUAUGUGAACUUGCACGGUCAUACCUGUGCUGGGAUUAUUUGUCUUGUGGGGUGCACAUGUUCAUUUUGUAGAAGAGAGGAACGGGCUCUAGCUGAUUCUUAUCUGAAAAUAUCUUUUCAGGUUGCUCUUGAAAACUGGGGUAGACAAUUUAUUUCAAAGCAUUUUUUGUUGUAUUUGUGGAAAUUUUGUUUACAUCCCGACAGCAAUCAAUAAAUCAAAUGCUCUGACGCAAAGAUUAAAGAAAUAAAACGGUAUUUGUGGCUGUUGCAGGACUGUAAUUGGCACCUGCCUGUCUACCUGCAUGCACUCUGCACAUCCACUCAUUGCACAUGAAAAUGUGUUUUGGAGGAGUGGCUUUUGAAGGAGGCCUGAUGGGAGUUGUUGGGAUUUUUUUAGGUCGGACACUUUCUAAUUUUAGCAGUUCUUGCUAGUAAUAGUCCCUUGGCACAUUUUACUCCUUCUCUGUGUGAACACGAGUCAUUCACUGACUAACACUACUGUCUCCUCUCUUUCAUUUUCAUCUCAUGUCUUUCUCAAUCGCAGCAAUGUACUUUUAUCUGUGUGUGCCUAAUCAGAUUGCACUCAGAGCUGGUGAUAGUAGUUGAGUUUCAUCAGGUUUUUCUGUACUUCUAAAAGUUCUUGGCUAUGCUGACGUUGCCAUGGCGUUUGCAAAAUAGUCAAACAACUGUAUUAUAAACCAGCUCUGAAAUUGUUCAUGUAUUAUUCAUGUAGAGUUGAAUCUAUCAGGAAGAAAAAUAUCUCAUCAACAUGCUUUGGCUGCUGUGAUCUUAGUUUUGUCUGUUGUUUGUUGAUCUGUGUGUUAUAAGUGUGUAAAUAAAUGUACUGACUGUACUGUGUGUUUGAGUAUCCUGUACUGUAAGUCAGCGAUUUGUGCCUCUUCACUACUACUUCACGCAUUCACAGACUGUUAUUUAAUGUAGGCCUAUGUGUUUGUGAGAAAGUCUUCCUCUGCUACUGUUUGUAGGAUGUGUCUGAAAUCACUCCCUCUAUCACUUAAUGAUACGCUCUCAACAGGUUGCUCUAUCAGGUGCUAUGUGGCAUAACUGUUAUUUACACGCUCAAAAACAACCAUUAUCUGUAUGCUUUGCUGUUUCAGUGCCAGCCAGUGACUUAGAAAGUAAUUAAUCUAAUAAUAUUUACAGGAUGGUGUGAUCAACUACAGCCUUGGUGUCUGUAAUGUGAUGGCUUUUUUAACAUUCCUCUGUGCCACAACAGUGAUGCACCCCAAAUGUUUUUGUUUCACCUGUGUUUAUACUGUACCAGAUAUAAUGUUGUUAAGUAAAGUGUUCAUCAUGUACUAAGA